AUGCUUUUCUCUCGUGCCCUGAUCCUCCUGGCUACUGCCGUCGCAACCUGCGCGGCAAUCCCCGCCAUUGUUCCUGAGGGAUACGUCGGUGCUGGUGGUGUCGCCAUUCUCAACCCUGAUGCCGGCAAUGCGCAGACUGAGGGCUAUGUUGGGGCUGGAGGUGUUGCCAUCCUCAACUCUGAUUCGAAGGAAGAGUAG